AUGAAAUUCGCAUUCGCACUCGUCGCAGUCCUGGCUUUGGCCAGCCCCCUGCAAGCUUACAAUGUUCCACGUACAGGAACCGGUGUCCUGGCUGACGACUUGCAGGAGUUCGUCGAUCUUGUGCCAACAAAAGAAAUAAAGAAUAUCGUCCUUCAUUACAUCGCCACUGACCGUGAUGUCCAAUCUGUGUUAAAAUUCGUGCACUCCGAGGAGUUCAAAAAAUUGGUCGUCGAAAUCGAAACCAUGGCCGAAAUCAAGAACAUCAUGAACUUCAUACAGAAAAAUGGACUGGACAUCUACCAGAUGGUGAACCACGUUAACAAGUUCCUCGGUCUCGCACCAUUGACACCACCAACCAACGUCCGAAUGGUGAGGGCCGCCGGUGGAAUCCGCGGAUUGCUCGACGAGGUUGAGGCCCUUGUACCCAAGGAGAAGGUCCGGGAACUGUACAGAAAGAAAGUGGCUUCAUCCAAAGCGUUUGCUGAUUUAGUCGCUCAAUUGAAGUCUCCGGAAUUCCAGAACGUCGCCAAUAAAUUGUGCGACAACGCUACCUUCAAACACGUGUUGGUCGAAGCCAAAAAGGCCCAAGUCGAUGUCGACGGUUUGGCAAGAUUAAUCGAGUCCGCUUUGGGUGUACACAAGAUGAAAUCUUAUCAUCCUCUCAGCCGAUUCUUUGUCAUAGACCAUCAGUCCAGUAUUACUACAGCAAACAAGAUGAAGUUCUCACUGGUAGCACUCUCUGCGGUGGUUGCCUUCGCAACCGUCAACUGUUAUCACCUGCCAGCAUUCGGGGAAGGUCCCCUCUACGAAGACAUUCAGUAUUUCGUAGACAUGAUCCCCAUGGAUAAAGUAAUGAAAGUGAUUGUACAGUACACCAUCAAGGACUCCGAGUUCCAACAACUCCUGAAAUACAUGAAAACAGACGACAUCAAGCAAAUGGUGAAUGAAAUCGAGGCUAUCCCCGAGUUCCAUACAUUCGCCAGCUACAUGAACAAGCAUGGAAUCUACAUGUAUGAUGCGUUGAACAAGGUGAACAAGGUGAUCGGCCUGCCAUCGUUCCAGCCCAUACUUGUUGAGAAAGAAAUCACUGGAGGAUUGGCUGGUCUCUUCAACGACGUCAAAGAACUGAUCUCCUACGACGACAUCAUCCAUGGUUACGUUUACAAGAUGAGGACAUCCCAAGAGUUCCGUGAUUUCGUCGCCGUACUGAAAUCCGAAGGUAACCAGAACUUCGUUAACGCGCUGUACAAAAACCAACGUUACCUGGCCUUCCGUGCUACCCUGGUCAGCAAGGGUUUGGACAUCACUCUGGUUGAAGAUGUCAUCUUCACUGUCCUUGGUAUCGAGUUCCCAGUUUUGAACACCAGCUACGCCUUGUACAGCACACUAUCCAAAGACAUCCAGGACUUCAUCGACCUGAUCGAUAUGGACAAGGUUGUUGAAAUCGUUUCUACCUACUUGGAUGAUGACCAGGUCCAGGAAAGUCUGAAAUACUUCCGCAGCGAAGAGUUCCACGUACUGGUACGCAAAGUCGAAGCCCUGAAGCCCUAUCAAAAUUUGGUUCAAUACUUACACAACGCUGGCCUAAACAUACACGGCCUGAUCCAGAUGAUCCAUAAAUUGUUCAACAUGGAAGACUACGUUCCACCCAGUAGCAACUACUUCAGCUUCUUCGUUAACCGCGGUGGUAUGAAGGGUUUGAUCGAUGAUGUGCUCGAUUCACUCCCCAUGGAUAAGUUCAAGGCCAUGUUCGAAGAGAAGAUGAAAACCUCACCGGACUUCCAGAACUUCGUUAAACAAGUUCAGUCCCAAGAGUUCGAAGAGAUUGUUGACUUGAUCUACAGUGAACCCAUCUUUCUGGAAAUGAGACAGAAGGCGAUAGAAAUUGGUUUAGACAUUCAACGAGCGAGAAAAGUUUUCGAAGAAAUCGGCAUUCUCCUUCCCAGGCCAUCUUACUAAUUAUAGAUUUAUAACGAUUCGUUUUUACCGAAUUUAGAUAUGUUAUUCUCUAAUGUUUAAUAAAUUUGCUUGUUAAUAUA